AUGGAUUUAAUUGAGUCCAUUACUUUUCAGCCUCCUCUGUGGUCUAUAGAACAAGAGCGCAUAAUUAAGCUACCUUACGAACAUCUCGCUUCGAAUCCAGGAAAGAAUAUUCGGAACAAACUAAUUCAUGUGUUCAAUAAGUUUUACAAGCUUGAUGAGGAUAAGGUAAAUAAGAUAUCACAACUUUUGGAGAUUUUGCAUAUUUCUAGCUUGUUAAUAGAUGAUAUAGAAGAUGAUUCACCAUACCGUCGUGGGCGCCCAUCUGCACAUGUUUUAUACGGUACUCCAAUGACUAUAAAUGCAGCCAACUAUAUGUAUUUUGUUUCCAUGUUGCAUUUACAGCAGUUAUCAGAGAAUGAGGAGUCAGCCACUCUGACUAAACUACUGGUGAUAUUUAACGAGGAAAUGGUGAAUUUGCAUCGGGGCCAAGGGCUGGAUAUAUAUUGGAGAGACAAUUUUGUUAUUCCGAAUGAACAGGAUUACUUUCAGAUGGUCAUGAAUAAGACUGGCGGGCUUUUUAGGUUGGCAGUACGUAUUAUGGAGUGUUUGCAGAGCAAUUACGAUAAAACCCUGGUACCAUUUAGUAAUCUACUUGGCGUUUUAUACCAAGUUCGCGAUGAUUAUAUGAAUCUUAAGGACCCUCAGAUGAUUCAGAGCAAGGGAUUUGCUAGCGACAUUACAGAAGGAAAGUUUUCAUACCCUCUGAUCCAUGCCUUACAUUAUGCGAAAGCGCAAGACCCAGAAGGGUUUGAAUUCCUAACUUCAACGCUUAAGAUGCGUUCUCCUGAUGAUGAUGUCAAGAACAAAGUGGUUGACUACCUUGAAAAUGUAAGUCUUUCCAUACAGCAUACUAAAAAAUGGUUGGAAGAGUUUACCGAUUCGAUUAAAGAAAAAUAUAUGCCUGGCGAUGAUAAGGAGCUAUUUAACAUCAUAGAGAGUCUUGGCUCACUAUAA